AUGGACUCAGAUACAUUGCCCGGCACAUGGCCGUCGUCUACCCUGUAUCGACAAGGAUGGCCCAGAAUACUAUCCCCAUCCCACGCUCCAGUCGUGCCCGCUGCUGGCCCCUCACACCAAACAAACCAGCGAUACGAGUUCGCCGAAGACCAAGCAAGAGCAUAUCGUCCCACAGCUCUUUGUCAGUCAAACGUCUCUCCGAGACCCCAAACCCGUCCUGUCCGAGUUGAAAAUCCCACUCCGCGGCGUUCAUCGACUGUCGCUACACGCCCUGUGCUUGUCAGGGCGUAUUCAGGCGAUGCCCAGGAUAGAACCAGACGAUCAUCUGUUAUGUCUGCGCGUCGGUUCCUCUCAUUCUCCGGGUCAAGGAGCUCGGCUCCUCGCCCAUCCCAGCCAGAUAUAACAUUGCCGUCCGAUAAGGACUUCAGUAUUGAGAGUAUACUGCAAGCCAUCGAGCCAGAUAUCCGUGGUAUUCUAGACUCCAUUGCUGAGAUCUGUGGAAGGAGCAAGCUGAGUCUUUCAAACGAGUAUGGGAGUCACAUUGCGCCGUUAGGUGAGAUUUGUGCUCCGUCGAGCGCGACUGGACCUGUCGAGCAGGCUAGACCUAGCGAAGAACGACGUGCGGAGGAUAGCAAUGCGGUUGUUGUUGAUGAGGAGGCUACUCCGGUUGAUCCAGCUCGUGAUGAUCAUCCGUUCUCGUUCCAUCGUUAUCUAGAAACCCUGCGACAGACUGCGUCUAUGCUGGAGCAGAAUGGUACAUCCGGCCAAACAACUCAAAGACAACAUCCUCCCCUAUCUCCAGACAUGAACUCUGAGGAGCAACCUGUUUUGACCAAUAGCCCAAAGACCAUAUCGUCGACUCCUUUCACACGCGAAUUCGCAUCAAGACCUAAACAUAGCGGGCGGGAUCUACUUGCAAAGAAUGCUGCUGCUGGCAGUGGCGAACAGCAGUCAUCUCAGAUGGCAACUCCCGCUGUGGUGACGGAGGUGCAUCUAGAAGCGACUGCAAAUGAUGAAUCUUCCACUGAAUUCAAUAUUCUCUUGCAAUCUAAUCUGGUCGGUCAUCGGUCGCCUGCUACAGGAAACUCGAGUCCGGAAAUCAUUCAAUCCUUCCUUAGCUGGCUAAAUUGGACUGCAACUAUCGCUGCGCCUGAAUCUAGUCCUGCGUUACAGUCCGCGGAGAGUCGGUUACGAGCUAUGCUUCAACGUCCAGGGGAUGAAAGCACGCCUGUGCGUUAA